AUGGGAGAUGAAGGAGCUAGAUGGCAGAAAAUAAUCUAUGAGAAGACUAAGAAGUUCUGUAACGUUUAUCAGAAGCAAGGCCAUGCAGACGAUGAUUGCAGGAAGAAGAAAGCUCAAAUUCAUAAAGUUGAUGCAGAAGGAAAGAAUCCAGAUUUACAGGGAUCCAUUUCACAAGUUAUGGCUACUGAUAAAGGAAAAGCAAUUCAGUCAUCGCGUAUGACCAAUCCAGUCAAAGGCAAUAGAGGAAAAAAUGGAAAGAAGAUGUAUAUGGAAUCAGGAAAUCAAGCAAAUUUGAUUUAUAAAUCUCAUAAAGUUUGGAAACAGGCAAAAAUAAUUUUGGAAACGGGUGAACAUUCUGGGAAAGACGUGGUAUCUCCCAGUCUUGCUGUGCUGGAAGAAAACCAAUCUACUCCGUACUUGCCUGCAGAGAAUCAUCCCACUAAUAUACAUCAAGGCAAUCAUUCUGCCCCUCAAUUGCAGUCAGAAAGUUCUCAAUUGCAGUCAGAAGGUCCUCAAUUACAGGCAGAAGGUCACCAAUUGCAGACAGUAAACCCUCAAUUGCAUGCAGAAAAUCCUCCCUCCAGUAUACAUCAAGAAAUUCAUGUUCAGCAAAAUCAGGAAGAUAAUAAGCAAUUAGAAGAGGCUGUUCCACGUCAAUUUGAAGAUGUAGUUCAAUAUCAGUUAAACAGGCAAGUAACAGAUUCACUAGACAAUGAUAGGGGGCUGCAAAGCACUAAGGAACCACCAGAUAAAGGCUUCUCAUCAGAAGGGGAGCAUACUGGAAGUCCAGAGUGUGUGGAUGUUGAGUCUCAAGAUUCUGGUGCAGAAGAUCUGAACCUUUUCUGA